AUGUGACCCGGCAAAGCACGAUGCUGGAUGCGCACCAGGGCUACUUCUCUGACUUUACCGGCCAGCAGAUGCAGGACCAACGCGACUCGUAUGGCGGGCCAAACAGAUACUCUUCUGGAGAUACCUUCUCUCCAACCGCCGCGAUUCCGCCGCCCAUGAUGAACCCCAAUGACCUUCCAGGAGGCCUUGUUGAGACGCAAAUGCCGCUCGAGCCGCGCGACCUUCCAUUCGAUGUCUACGACCCGCACAACCCAAACACUCUGAUGUCAAAAUUUGACAACAUUGGCGCCGUCCUCCGGCACAGAGGGCGCACGCAACCUCGGCAGACCGCCUUCUGGGUGCUAGAUGCAAAGGGCAAAGAGACGGCCUCGAUAACGUGGGAAAAGGUGUCCAGCAGAGCGGAAAAGGUAGCCAAGGUGAUUCGGGACAAGAGCAACCUGUAUCGGGGCGAUCGGGUGGCAUUGGUGUACCGGGACACGGAGAUCAUCGAAUUCGCCGUUGCAUUGAUGGGCUGCUUUAUCGCAGGCGUUGUGGCGGUCCCCAUUAAUAGCGUGGAUGACUAUCAGAAACUCAAUCUUCUUUUGACUACCACCCAAGCGCAUCUUGCCCUGACGACCGAUAACAACUUGAAGGCCUUCCAUCGUGACAUCAGCCAGAACCGCCUGAAAUGGCCCAGCGGGGUGGAGUGGUGGAAAACGAACGAGUUCGGGAGCUACCAUCCAAAGAAGCACGACGAUACACCUCCGCUACAAGUUCCCGAGGUGGCGUACAUCGAAUUCUCGCGCGCUCCAACUGGCGACUUGCGUGGCGUCGUUCUCAGUCACCGUACCAUCAUGCAUCAGAUGGCCUGCAUCAGCGCUAUCGUGACCACGAUUCCUACCGGUAGCGGGAGCUCAGACACGUUCAGUUCAACCUUGCGAGACAAGAAGGGCAACUUCAUCGCACCCCCAUCCAGGGCCUCACCUACCGAAGUCAUUCUGAGCUAUCUCGAUCCACGCGAGAGCGCGGGCAUGAUCAUGAGUGUCUUGUUCGCUGUCUAUGGUGGGCAUACCACUGUGUGGCUGGAAGCACAGACGGUCGAAACUCCUGGCAUGUAUGCCCACCUCAUCACCAAGUACAAAACCACCAUCAUGGUUGCGGAUUACCCUGGCUUGAAACACGCUGCGUACAACUAUCAGCAAGAUCCAAUGGCGACAAGAAACUUCAAGAAGAACAUGGAGCCCAAUUUCGCAUCAGUGAAGAUGUGCCUCAUCGACACGCUGACGGUGGACUGCGAGUUCCAUGAAAUAUUGGGUGACCGAUGGUUACGGCCCUUAAGGAACCCCAGGGCCAAUCAGUUGAUCGCGCCCAUGCUGUGCUUACCUGAACAUGGCGGCAUGAUAAUAUCCAUCAGGGACUGGCUAGGCGGCGAGGAACGCAUGGGCUGUCCGCUGAACAUCGAAGAAGAGGAGCCUGACGCGGACGAGAAGACAGAGGACCCGACUGCUCUCAACGGCUAUUCUAGUCUCAUUGGCGGAGGCGUCACUAAGAAGAGGGACCAAAAGAAAAGUCGCACUGAACUAACCGAAAUACUCUUAGACAAGGAGGCUCUCAAGAUGAACGAAGUGGUCGUCGUAGCCCUGGGAGAAGAGGCAAGAAAACGCGCGGGCGAGCCGGGCACCAUGCGAGUCGGUGCUUUUGGAUAUCCCAUACCGGAUGCCACUGUUGCCGUCGUCGACCCUGAGACGAGCUUGCUCUGUUCACUAUACACUAUAGGAGAGAUAUGGGUGGACUCACCGUCUCUGUCUGGCGGAUUCUGGCAGCUUCAGAAACACACCGAAACCAUCUUCCACGCUCGGCCAUACCGAUUUGUCGAGGGCAGUCCGACACCGCAAAUGCUGGAAUUGGAGUUCCUGCGAACUGGCCUCCUGGGGUUCAUUGUUGAGGGCAAAGUCUUUGUGCUGGGGCUGUAUGAAGAUCGGAUCCGGCAACGAGUAGAAUGGGUCGAGCAUGGCGUGUUUGAAGCGGAGCAUCGGUACUUCUUCGUGCAGCACCUCGUCGGCAGCAUCAUGAGGACCGUCCCGAAGAUCUAUGACUGCUCUGCUUUCGAUGCCCACGUCAAUGGGGAGUAUCUACCUAUUAUUUUGAUUGAGACGCAGGCUGCCUCAACCGCGCCAACCAACCCUGGAGGUCCACCGCGGCAGUUGGAUAUACCAUUUCUCGAUUCCUUAUCUGAACGAUGCAUGGAGUUGCUGUACCAGGAACAUCACCUGCGCGUCUACUGCGUGAUGAUCACGGCGCCGAACACACUACCGCGAGUUAUCAAGAACGGGCGGCGCGAAAUCGGCAACAUGCUUUGCCGAAGAGAAUUCGACAACGGCUCGCUUCCCUGCGUGCACGUCAAGUUCGGCGUCGAAAGUGCGGUUCAGAACAUCGCCUUAGGUGAUGACCCUGCCGGAGGGAUCUGGUCACCGCAGGCUUCCAUGGCACGCCAAAACUAUCUCCUGCUGCAGGACAAGCAGUACUCCGGCGUUGACCACCGAGAGGUCGUCAUCGACGAUCGGACGUCAACACCCCUCAACCAGUUCUCCAACAUCCACGAUCUCAUGCAGUGGCGCGUGUCACGGCAAUCAGAAGAGUUGUCCUACUGCACUAUUGACGGCAGAGGCAAGGAAGGAAAGGGUGUCAACUGGAAGAAAUUCGACCUCAAAGUGGCUGCUGUGGCCAUGUACCUGAAGAACAAGGUGAAGCUCCAAGCUGGCGACCACGUUCUGUUGAUGUACACGCACUCGGAAGAGUUCGUCUUUGCCAUCCACGCCUGCUUCGUGCUCGGCGUGACGGCUAUUCCCAUGGCCCCAGUCGAUCAAAACCGGCUGAACGAGGAUGCGCCUGCGCUGCUUCAUAUCAUCGCCGACUUCAGAGUCAAGGCAAUCAUAGCCAACGCGGAAGUCGACCAUUUACUGAAGAUAAAGGCGGUAUCGCAGCAUCUCAAACAAUCAGCGGUAAUUCUCAAGGUCAAUAUGCCAAAUGUCUACAACACCACGAAGCCACCUAAGCAGUCUUCUGGUUGUCGGGACCUAGGGCUGACUAUACGGCCUGCUUGGGUUCAGCCCGGGUAUCCGGUGCUCGUCUGGACUUUUUGGACGCCGGAUCAAAGACGCAUCGCGGUGCAACUGGGCCAUAACACCAUCAUGGCACUUUGCAAGGUCCAGAAGGAGACGUGCCAGAUGACGAGCACGAGACCUGUCCUCGGGUGCGUACGCAGCACAAUCGGCCUGGGCUUCAUUCACACUUGCGUUAUGGGCAUCUUCCUCGCUGCUCCAACGUAUCUUGUGUCGCCCGUCGAUUUUGCCCAGAAUCCCAACAUUCUCCUGCAGACGCUGUCGCGAUACAAGAUUAAGGAUGCGUACGCGACAAGUCAGAUGCUUGACCAUGCCAUGGCGCAUGGAGCUGGGAAGGCUAUGGCUCUGCAUGAGCUUAAGAAUCUCAUGAUUGCGACCGACGGCAGGCCGCGAGUCGAUGUCUAUCAACGAGUGCGGGUGCAUUUUGCACCUGCAGGCUUAGACCGGACUGCGAUCAACACUGUCUACUCGCACGUCCUCAACCCCAUGGUAGCCUCGCGGUCGUACAUGUGCAUCGAGCCAAUCGAGCUGCACCUCGACAUGAACGCCUUGCGACGAGGCCUGAUAAUGCCGGUAGAUCCCGACACCGAGCCGCAUGCGCUGCUCGUGCAAGAUUCCGGCAUGGUGCCCGUCAGCACGCAAAUCUCCAUCGUCAACCCCGAAACCAACCAGCUCUGCCUCGUCGGAGAAUACGGCGAGAUCUGGGUGCAGUCGGAAGCUAAUGCACAUAGCUUCUACGGCUCCAAGGAGCGCCUCGAUGCCGAGCGGUUUAAUGGCAGGACGGUCGACGGAGAUCCAAAUGUGCGCUACGUCCGCACCGGGGACCUGGGCUUCUUACACAAUGUUACCCGCCCCAUCGGGCCUAAUGGCGCGCCCGUCGACAUGCAAGUCCUGUUCGUUUUGGGCAGCAUUGGCGAUACUUUUGAGGUUAAUGGAUUGAACCAUUUCUCCAUGGAUAUUGAGUCGUCGGCGGAGCGCUGCCACCGCAAUAUCGUCCCUGGGGGUUGCGCUGUCUUCCAAGCGGGCGGCCUGGUAGUCGUAGUAGUCGAAAUCUUCCGGCGCAACUUCCUCGCCUCCAUGGUUCCCGUCAUCGUAAACUCCAUCCUCAACGAGCACCAACUUGUCAUCGACAUCGUCGCCUUCGUCAUAAAAGGUGACUUCCAUCGGUCCCGCCUGGGCGAAAAGCAGCGCGGCAAGAUCCUCGCAGGAUGGGUAACGCGCAAGAUGCGCACCAUCGCGCAAUAUAGCAUCCGCGACCUGGGCGGCGACGGAAACCAAAUCACCGAGGUAGCGGAACCGGGUGGUCGCGCUUCGAUGGCGACCUUCAGGAACAGUGGACCCGGCAGCAUAAAAGGCAGCAUGCGCGCAUCAAGCUUGAGAGCGAGUAGUAUGCUCAACAUGACGGCGAUGCAAAACCUGUCGCUGCAGACGGGCAGCGCGCAGGAACUUCCCGGAAACUCGCAGAUGAUGAGCUAUUCGUCGCUGCCCACCGGCCUAUCAGAAAUGCCGGCUGAACGCUACCCAGAGAGCAUUCCUGAGCUCGGCACCGGGAGCGGCAUUGGAGCGCAGUGGGAUGGCAGCGAUGCUACGCCGACGGAAGUCAAGAAAGAGUUCCCGCCGCAUCUGCAGACGGAUUCGAAGAACGGGCCGGUGCACUACUCGCCGCUGGACACCAAGGGCGUGUUCGACUCCACGUCUUCCUCGAGCCAGAGCCAGAACUCGCAGCAGCUGCUACAGAACUACAGUAACCAUCAGCAAUACGGCGCCUCGGGGCUAUCCACCUCUCCGCUCCCUAACGUCCUGCGUCCAGGCGGCUCGCAGGAGGAAAUGGCACCGCCGGAACCGCACUACGGCAAUAAACCGUAUCUUCCACCACAGCAGCAGCAGCAGCAGCGGCAGGAUGUGAACCAGUACCCUCCACCGCAGGCGGGCGAUCGAUGGAGCUUGCCGAGCCAGCAGCACACCGGUGGUCUGAGAGUCGCGAACGCGAGCCGAGAUAGUAGUGACGAGGAGAACGACGAGUGGCGCCAGGAUGCGCGCAUGGCGAUGAAUUUCGCCGGCGCGGGACCGGGGGACAUUGGGCGGUAUAGGUAGUCGGUUGGUGGUUCAGGCGGGCGUUUCACCUUAGGUGUGCUUUGGCAAGAGCGUUGGUGGGCAGUUAUUUGGGGAUGGAGGCUUGAAGGUUUCAAGCUUUUGGCGUGGGGUGCGUUGCAUGUGGUGGUGACGAGCGGGUGUUUGGGUAGGAUAGGAUAGGAUAGGAUAUGAAUGGUGUUGGGGGCUAUGAUGGGUGAUGGGCCUGGUUGAGGCGGUGGAGCGGUGGAGCAAUUUUUCCUUUUUGCAUCGACGUAGGUAUCCUUCCGCAUUGAAUGCACGCACGGGACUUGGUGGCAUUGACAGCG